AUGUCACAAUUAAUUCCAGCUGUUAGAGUAGCUGCAACCGCUAAACCAGCCAAAAGUGCUAUUAUCUUCGUCCACGGAUUAGGUGAUAGUGGUUCUGGAUGGUCAUGGUUCCCACAAUUAGCAAAACAAAGCAAUAUUAUAAAAAACUGCGAUUCUAUUAACUAUGUGUUUCCUAAUGCUCCAUUGAUGCCAAUCACAGCAAAUGGUGGAUACGUUAUGCCAGGGUGGUUUGACAUUUACGAAUUCGGUAACCCAGAAGCCAAGCAAGACAUCGAUGGUUUUCACAAGAGUUGUGAAACUUUAAAAAGCCUUAUUAAGGAACAGAUUGACAACCACGAUAUUCCAGCUGACAAAAUUAUAAUAGGUGGAUUUUCGCAAGGAGCAGCAGUUUCUUUAGCCACUGUUGCAUUAUUGGACUUCAAGGUCGGGGGUGUUGUAGCUUUAUCGGGGUUCUCUCCAAUUAAAGAAAGUCUUCCACAAAUAAUGAAUAAGGCUAACCUCGAAACCCCAAUCUUCCAGGGUCAUGGUACUGCUGAUCCUAUUGUUAAUUUUGACUUUGGUAAGCAAACUAGUGAACUUUAUCAAAAGCUAGGAUUCAAAAAUGUUAAGUUCCACACAUAUCCAGGAGUUGCACACAGUGCAAGUGAAGAAGAAUUGGCUGAUGCCAUGAACUUUAUCGAUGAUGUGCUUAAGAAAUAG